AGGCACACCCCGGAGCUUGGAGAACCGCCCCGCCGCCACACUCUCGGUUCUAGGACCACCGUGGCUGCCAACGAAGGAUGCCAAUCACCGGCAGCCUUAGCCAGAUCCCCGGGAGUUGAGUAAAAAAAUCAGGUUGAGGACAGAAAGGAAAUGAACAUAGCAACCUCUAAAGCUCGAAGAAAUCCCAGUAUGCAAAUGAAUACAGGAUCCGGAGCAAGGAAAGAGCAGGAUAUCUCCGGCUACUCAGAGGACGUGGAACACCACAAACAGGAACUUUAAAGGGAUUGAAAUCUGUUGCCUGUUCCACUAGGAAUAUUGUUUGCAAGGCACAAGGUGUCUUUUGGUAGUGAGCACCCUCUGCGCAUGCGCAGGUCCUUUCGGGAAUUACUGCCCUGCCGCCGACUAAGUUGCAUUCCUUGAAUCUUCGCAGGAAAGACAAUUCUUUAAUCAGAGUUAGUAAUGUGGACAGUACAAAAUCGAGAGAGUUUGGGGCUUCUCUCUUUCCCUGUGAUGAUUGCCAUGGUCUGUUGUGCACACAGCGCCAAUGAGCCCAGCAACAUGUCAUACGUGAAAGAGACAGUGGACAGAUUGCUCAAAGGAUAUGACAUUCGCUUGCGGCCGGACUUUGGAGGGCCCCCUGUGGACGUAGGGAUGCGGAUCGAUGUCGCCAGCAUAGACAUGGUCUCCGAAGUGAACAUGGAUUAUACACUCACCAUGUAUUUCCAGCAGUCUUGGAAAGACAAAAGACUUUCUUAUUCUGGAAUCCCGCUAAACCUCACGUUAGACAACAGGGUAGCUGACCAACUCUGGGUGCCAGACACCUAUUUUCUGAAUGACAAGAAAUCAUUUGUGCAUGGGGUUACCGUGAAAAAUCGAAUGAUCCGACUGCAUCCUGAUGGAACAGUUCUCUACGGACUCCGGAUCACAACCACAGCUGCAUGUAUGAUGGACCUACGAAGAUAUCCUCUGGAUGAACAGAACUGCACUCUGGAGAUUGAAAGUUAUGGCUAUACCACUGAUGACAUUGAGUUUUACUGGAAUGGAGGAGAGGGAGCAGUAACAGGAGUUAAUAAAAUUGAGCUUCCUCAGUUUUCAAUUGUCGACUACAAGAUGGUAUCCAAGAAAGUGGAGUUCACAACUGGGGCAUAUCCACGACUGUCACUAAGUUUUCGUCUCAAGAGAAACAUUGGUUACUUCAUUUUGCAAACCUACAUGCCUUCCACACUGAUUACAAUUCUCUCCUGGGUGUCUUUUUGGAUCAACUACGAUGCAUCUGCAGCCAGAGUUGCACUAGGAAUCACCACUGUGCUGACAAUGACAACCAUCAGCACCCACCUCAGGGAGACCUUGCCAAAGAUCCCUUAUGUCAAAGCGAUUGAUAUUUACCUGAUGGGUUGCUUUGUGUUUGUGUUCCUGGCUCUGCUGGAAUAUGCCUUUGUAAAUUACAUCUUCUUUGGAAAAGGCCCUCAGAAGAAGGGAGCCAGCAAACAAGACCAGAGCGCCAAUGAGAAGAACAAACUGGAGAUGAAUAAAGUUCAGGUCGACGCGCACGGCAACAUUCUGCUCAGCACCCUGGAAAUCCGGAACGAGACGAGCGGCUCGGAGGUGCUGACGGGCGUGAGCGAGCCCAAGGCCACCAGCAUGUACUCGUACGACAGCGCCAGCAUCCAGUACCGCAAGCCGCUGAGCAGCCGCGAGGGCUACGGGCGCGCGCUGGACCGGCACGGCGCGCACAGCAAGGGGCGCAUCCGCCGGCGCGCCUCGCAGCUCAAAGUCAAAAUCCCCGACUUGACUGAUGUGAAUUCCAUAGACAAGUGGUCCCGAAUGUUCUUCCCCAUCACCUUUUCUCUUUUUAACGUCGUUUAUUGGCUUUACUACGUACACUAAGGUCUGUCCUCAUGGUCCUCUUGAUUCUUAACCCCACAGGCGCCCCCACCUCCGUGCCCCCCCCCAGCACCCCCACUCCCGCCCCCGCCCAGCAGCAGCGAUCCUGCUGUUUUUUGAGGUAAGAGAUUCAGCCAUCCAAUCGGUUUUAGGCCUUGCAUUAUCAAUUUUAUUACUGCACCAUGUUUACUUCCAAAAACAAAACACCCACCCACCCACCCACAUACACACACACCAAAAACUCUGUUUUUUUUCCAGUCUACUGUGGUCCAGGUUAUCCGCUCUUUCAGAGCUCUAGUAAUUGCCAUGUUUACAAACACACACACACACACACACACACACACACACACACAGAGGAGUUAGAUCUUUAGCAGUCCUCCCUACUUACCCUGGAUUUUACUGAUUUAUUUCUUAAAUGCUAUUGGAAAGAGGACCUAGCUCUGUGCGCGCACCGCUUCCUGGUAAACUGUAACAAUCUCAUGCUGCCAAAAAAACAACACAAUUUCCAGGAUCUCAGAAGAAAAAAACAAAGCCAUUGACAAGUUACAGAUUUCCAGGAAGAAGGGGGGAUAGAAGGAGCCUAGACAGGAAGGAAGGCUCCCCUCCAGGCUCAAGUCUCCAAAACUCCCUUGUAGAAGGGGUCCCGGCUCCACGGGAGAGGAGGGAGGGAUUGACCAGGGCGGAGGAGUUUGAGCCCCAAAAAUCUGCCAUCCUCACCGCACCGUUAAACUGGAUAUUCUGGGGGAAAACAAAAACAAAAACAAAAAACGCUUCCUUCUCCGACUUGCAAGCGGAUUUCAAAUUAGCACUAGAAUCCAUCCUGGUGGCCAUUGAGAACAUUUUUCUUUUGUUGAGAAUAAGGAAUCUGGGGCAAUGGUGAUUUCCUUAACUAUUCAAAUGAGCAGCCUUGAACUCAUUUUAUCGCCUCUGUGCCCUGAAGCCAUGCCUGUGAAUGUCCCCUGUCCCUGCUCCAGAGAGUAAGGGACGAGAAUGGAGAAGGAGGGCUUCCAUAAUGGGAGAGUGAGCAUUUUUUUUGCUUGGGAAAAAAAAAAAUUUUUUUUGUCCUUUCCAUGAGGAAGGCAAGUCUUAUGUGCUGUGAAAAGGGUGCCUGGGCAGUUACCUAAACUGCCAAAUCUUCAAUCAAAUAGUAUAUAUUUCUUAGCCUUCCAGAGAGCAGCACCUAAUGGUGACAGGUCUUGUUGGACAGGCCUCAGCGAGCACCUUACGGCUCUGCUCUCUGAGCUCUGCAUUCCAAAGUAUGAAAUGAACGCUUCAGGAAAUGCACAUACACCCACUUUGCUGCCCUUCUCCUCUGAGGCCAGAUUUCUAUUUUUUAAAGAAAAACUUCAAAAGAGGAAAACCACAGAUAACAACAACAACGACAGAAUCCCUGGGCCUUCAAACAUGCAUACCAGCCCCUAAAACAUACAACGUGUCCAGACUCGUGAAUCAUUGUCAUUGCUGCUCUGCCUUAUCUCUGCUCAUGGGUUACCGUAGUCACGAGUCGCUGAAGGGGCAUCCCUCAUAGGCCCAACACACACUCCUAAACGUGUCCAACCAGCUACACUGGGGUUUAUCCCAUUUUAUGUCAUUAAAACCUCUUUUUUUUCCCCAGUCUAGAGAGUAGCUAAGAAUUCUCUAUGUUCAUUUGCAAGGUUGAGUGAGACCCUAAAAUGACCAACCAGUGAUGGAGGCAAUUUGUUUGGAAUCUGAUCUCUGGAUGUCAAGUAAGGGUUGAGGAUGAUUGCAUCAUUUGAUGAUCUGGCUUUCUCCCUAAGGCUGGGAUGAGGGUCUAUGUUUACAAAAGCAUCAGCUGCUAGAAAUUAUAGUCUUACUUGGAAAGAUAAGGCCAAAUUCCUGCUGAUAACCCCAAGGGGACAGAGCAUUGAGAUACUCUUUUCAGAAAGCAACAAGAAAAGACAACCCCCAAAUAAAUGAAUGGUUAUGGCUGCAGAUAAUACACAUUAAUAAGAAUAUAAAAACUGUGCUUUUACUGCAAAAAUUAUCUCAAUGGUUUCAUUAGAAAUUAGUAGAGUCUGGGGACCAAAUUCUCAUUUAGGGUUAUAGUUUGCAGAAUCACAGUGCCCUGGUCAAGAGAAUCUCCAGCCUCCGGGGAUGAAGAGAUCCAUUCUGCAACUGACUAGUUCUUGGCCGGGAAAGAUGCUUUGCCAUCAAGAAAUGCCCAAAGAGAAUGGAAUAUGACCAUAUUGGGAGGUUAAUAUUCCCAAUGACCAUCCAGGAACCAUUGCAUAUUUAAACACAGGAAGGGAGAUUGUUGGCCAUUGCCCAACAGGAAUGAAUCCUUCUGGUGUCAAAACUCUUUAAAAAGAUUUUAAGGAUGAAAUGCUAAAUAAGAAAGGAAGUGUCUAUAAUCUAUGUUCCGUAACAAAAAAACAGUUUUUUCUUUAUUCAUCUAUUUAGAUCGUCCUCCUUGGAAAAGACUGAGGUAAUUUUAAUUUUAUGAUUUUUUUUAAUCCUGCCUUCCAAGUCUUAAGGAAUUUGAUGCUUAUAGUUGAAAGGUAAAGCACCUCUGAGAAAAAGAGAACAUUUAAAAAAUUCUUAUAUCUUAACCUUUGUAAAAUGAAAGAUUAGCGAACCUGAAUCUACAUCGGGCACAAAAUAGUGUCACUGUUUGUCCUCCUGGGCUAUAGAGGGGACACAGGAUGGUGCAAAUAGCUAUUUGCUAUUUGCAAAUUAAAUAGCUAUUUGCUAUUUCCUAUUAAAUAGCUUUGAGUUUAGAGGCAAUGGGAGCCUGAAAAAUGGACAAGCUGACAUAUUUCUGGUUUAUGACCUCUGUCCCCACUUCCUUCUUCUGGACACCUCCCAGCCAAAUUCCCUCCUCCUCGACCCCCACCCACACUCCCUCUGGAGUUAACAGUCCAUGGAAAAAAUUCCUUCCUUCCCUACCUCUCUCUCUUGUCUUGCUCUAAAUGAUGUACAUAAAAGUUGUUAGACAUUCCUAAGUGCCCUCACACUGGUCCCCAUUCCUGAAAGAUACAGAUCAAGACAUUAUCAAGGGGUCACCAUCUAGGUAUUCCUGGGUUGUUUUCUUUUUGCCAUGAAAAUAGCCAUACUCUCCUGCAUUACUGAGUGGCAGCAGAAGCAGAAGACUGCGUAGACUCACUCUCCUAUGCCCCAGUCAUGUCCAGGGGACCCCACGUCCACAGUUCAUAAAGUGGCACAUAAGCUGUGUCAUAGAUGUAGCCUGUGUAGACCCAGCAGAAACCCCAUCUUUCAUUUGACAAUGUGACUACGCACUCAUUUUUCCCACUCAUGUUCCUUGGCUUCACAUAUCAGGGGUGACCUAUGUUAUGCUUAACAGCUUUGUGAGGCAGACCCAGGUAAAGGCACACUCAGAGGUAAAUUACCCAGGAUGAUUGCCUCCAUACUCUGUACUGCCAAACAGAAACAGCAGACUGGUUGGUGAUUCUGCCGGCUAAAUGAUACGUGUUCCCAUAUCAUAUAUGCCAUCUUUAUUGUGCAUUAUAAGCAACGAAAGAUCCUGAAAAUGCAAAGAGAAAAAUGUGGUGCAGAGAAUAAAGUUUGGUGUAUGGAUCCAAGGAUAGACUUUCCUUAAGCAAACAUUACAUACAAUAUACAGAAAUGUUGACUAAAUUCCAUCUUUCCAAAAUCAAUGACUCCUUUAUAAAUAUUCAUUUAUGAAAGAACUCAGUUAAAAUUUGCCAAGUUAAACAAACAAACAAAAAAUAUUUAUAAUGCUAGAAGGAGACAACCUCCAAGAUUUCUUACAUGGACAAUUUUGAAUAGUGUCUCACCAAAGGGUGAUGUGCCCCUAAUUUUUUUUUCCUAAACAAAAUGUAAUUCUAUAUCCCAGGAGGGAGGAAAAAAGAAUGUACCAUUAUUUGUUCGUGUUGGUUCAAUCAGCGAUUACUGGGAUGAGAAAGAAUAAUGAACACGUUAUCUCAGUUUCCUGAAAGCGAACAAAGGUAAACUUGUGAACAGAAUGUAGAAUAAUAUUAUGUAAACUUCCUUGUAAAUUCUGUACAUAGUUCAUUGACUUGUUCCCUGUUGCGUGGUGGUCUUCGGCUUUGGGUGGGUGUUUGAACAAUCUGAGCAUUGUAAAUAAUGUCAGCUUCUAAGGCACUUGCUUUUAUUCACGAAGUGAAGCAACUAGUGAUUUGGGCCCAAACCAGAAUCUCUUUCGCUCUUGCUGUUUCUCUGCCAUUUUGUGUGUGUGGUUGUGUGACUCUGCCAGGCAUCUCUCUGCCCCCUGCCUCGUGCCCCCACCCCGCAGAAAGGAACAGUAGCCGCAGACACGGCUGCGCUCUGGUGGGGUAUGGGAAUGGUGCGCCAGCAGAGACAGGAACCGUAGCGAACUGCUUCUGGAACCGUGUCAUGAAAAGUAGAUGUGUUUGUAUCAGUCCUUCGUGGCUAUUCAUAUAUCGAAAUACCAAAUUUUCCACGCUAUUGAGGGGUCAGGAAUGGAAGAGAUGUUCAAAAUCCACAGGUAAUCCAAAGCUUCCUUUGCACUGAUAGCUCCAGCUUUUAACUUUUUUUCCUUCCACAAUAUUUCCCAGAACUUUUAAUGAGAAUAGACGUGAAUGGAUGGGUCUGAUCAGGGCAAACACACAGUCAAAUGUCCAAAUGAUGGGAAGGAGAAAAGGAAGAGACAGCAAAUGACACUGAAACACCAACUGGCUAAUGAAUCCCUCAAAAAUGCAGAGGUAACUAUGUUACUGCUUCUAAAAGGUAAAGAGAGAGAUCGGCAAUUAAAGCAAGUAUUUUUCAACUGGGGGCCCAGGGUUGUGUUUGAUAUGUGUUAGUUAAACUUAGAAUCUGGUAAUUAAAUAUUUUCACAUAUAUUUCUCCCAAGUCCUGAUAUUCUUGCAAAAGACGUCAGAAGGCUGGGACAUUCAGGCAUACGCUGUGUUUUCAUGCCAGCUGGCAGUCCCAGAGAAGGUGAUGGAGUCUGCAGAAAUUCAGAAUAUCUCAGCAAGCCAGGACAUAGAUUGGUUUUUUAGAAACAUUUUUAGAAUGAACCGUGUCUUUCUUGGAGCUAAGAACUUGGCAAGACAGGACUUUUUGUACCAGGAUUUCAUGUACCCGGAGAAUCAUUUUGGUUUCAAAAUGUGUCAACCAAUGUCCAUCAGUAAUAAAAUAAGAAAAAGUGUCCUAUAGAAACUAACAAGGUCAGUCAAUUUGUAGAUCCAGAAUACACUGUGCUUUUACUCUAAUCAUGUUUUUUCUAUAUAACAGAAAUCAACUAAACUGACAGAAAAUUGUUAAAAGUUAUAAUUUCACAAGCCACAUUUGAAAGGAAACCUUUGGUAAGAGAAGAACUGCAAACCAGAAAAUAUUAAGUUCCUAAAAGGGUAAGAAUAAAGAGUUUUGAGUUUA